GAACCAACCGUGAGAAAGAUGCCCCGUGCAGUGUCCGGGUCCUCCCAGGUCAGGGGUCACUACCCGGCACUCAGCGAGUGUUUGUCACGGACGAGGGCUUGUCUAUCCCAGCGACUCGUCUAUUGCACACUGUGACAGGGCGGCAGUGAUGGAUGCGGAAGUGAAGCAGCUGACGGGAUGCCCGGAGUAGGGUGGGGCCAGCGCGCACAGUGCAGCAGCAGCUGAAUGGGCUGUGUAGUAACCAGGAGCUGCCCGGCCAGGAGGAUGCUGAGGGUAGUGGGAGGCUUGGUCGUAGCGCUGCUACUAGCACUGAUGCUGGGCAGGUACAGCAGCUCCGGCCGCAGGGCUCAGCGCUCUGCCCGGCACAUUGCUGACAGCACAAGCCCGCUGCCUGGCAGGGAGCUCAGCAACAUCUUCUGGGCUGUGCAGGUGACUGACAUUCAUGUCAGUAAAUUUCUGGAUCCUGUCAGGGUGUCGGAGUUUGAAACGUUCUGCAGUGAAAGCCUUUCUGUAAUUGCACCAUCGCUUGUUCUUGUAACAGGUGAUCUGACAGAUGGCAAAACAAAGGACAAGAUGGGCUCGGACCAAUUUGAAGAUGAAUGGCAGAUUUACCGGUCUGUGUUGAAGAAAUCGCGGAUACUGGAGAGAACAAAGUGGAUCGACAUUCGUGGAAACCAUGAUUCAUUUAACAUUGCAGACCAGAGCAGCAUCAAAAACUACUACAGGAAGUAUUCGGCAUGGCAAAAAGAAGGUUCCUUCCACUUUGUUCACCGCACCCCAUUUGGAAAUUAUUCAUUUAUUUGUGUUGAUGCGACUCUCACCCCAGGACCAAAAAGACCCUACAACUUCUUUGGGAUAAUUAAUAAGAAUCAGAUGCAGAAAUUGUCUGUACUGGCCACUGAGAGUCUCCACAGCAAUCAGUCUGUGUGGUUUGGUCACUACCCCACGUCAACUAUUGUGUCUUCUUCACCCGGCAUCCGGACAGCAAUGAGUUCAGCUGUAGCGUACAUGUGUGGUCACCUGCACACGCUGGGAGGGCUGGCCCCAAUCCUGCACAGCCAACACCAGCAAGGAACCCUGGAGCUGGAGCUGGGAGACUGGAUGCAGAAUAGGAGAUAUCGCAUCUUUGCCUUUGAUCAUGAUCUGUUCAGCUUUCUAGACCUGCAGUAUGAAGAGUGGCCCGCCAUUCUCAUUACCAACCCCAAAUCUGCCCUGUACACAAAUCCCGCUGUGGAGCCUUUAAAGCGGAUCCUGUACUCCACACACAUCAGGAUCCUGGCAUUUUCCCCUGAUCCUAUCAUUUCAGUAAAGGUGUUCAUAGAUGGCAUUGAGCUGGGUGAAGCUGGUCACUCAUCUGGUCCAUUAUACGUCUUGGAAUGGAAUGCUGAAAACUAUAAAAUAGGACUGCAUGAAAUAAAAGUUCAAGUUAAGGAUACAGCUGAAAGGAGUCGGAUUAGAAGCCACUUGUUCAGCUUACAAGAUGACAUGUCUGUCAGCUUCAGCCUAUUUCCAUCUCUUAUUCUCCUCACUGAUCAUUACCUCAUGGCUCAGGUGCUGUUUAUACUGAUUGUGCUGAGUCAGCUCAUGUUGCUGCUUACUUUUAGGAUAAGGAAACGCACCAUGCUUAAGGGCCCCCCAGGAUAUGUGGCACAGGCCUCGUUCUCCAUGCAUGUACUGAGCAAACAGAACACUUUCUUCUACCCCAUUUUAUUGCUCAAUCUAUAUACUGCAUUUGGUCCUUGGUUUAUUGGAGAAAUUAUAGAUGGCCAUAUGGGAGCUUGCUUUGCAUUUGGAGUUGUCGUUGGAGGUCAUUUCUUAGAUGGAAGCCUGACAUACGUAACUGGAAUAUCACAGAUGGUGUUUUUUAACAUACCCAUGACAGCAUACUUGUGUUGGUGUUUGCUGUUGCGGUGCAAAGGCCACGGUUUCUUCUCCCACCUGAGACACAGCAGGAAGGUUGUGUGUGUGCCAAUACACUUCUUCAUGUUUCUCCUGCUGGCAUGGCAGAUCUUCUCCUGCUUUUUCCUGAUGUUGACCUACGGCACCUUAGCGACUUUCCUCUCUCCAAUGAAGUUGUGGCUGGUGGUGGCCACGUUGGUCUUGGGUAGGAAAGUUUGGACAUUCGACUCCCCUGAACUUCGAUCCUACGCAGAUGACCUGAAAAACUGCCACAGCACAUGACUUGAGCUCACUUGAUCCUGUCCGAUUUACAGAUGGAUAAGGGUUUUGCAUGGUUCUAUUUCACUACUGAAAGUCUACUGCAAGCAAGUUUUACUGGGACAAUCUACAAUCUCCUAUCACUCUCUGGGCCGCUCCAGGCCUGCCUUUGUCCGGGUCAUGACUAAUUCGGAAACGCCGUUCCAUAAUCAAAUGCGUUACUAGUUCAUCAAAAGCAAACUAAUCAGAGGUUAAUUUAAUGUAAUGUUUUGCGCAGAUUUGCACAAAAACCCAAGCCUGCUGCCAAGUGAAGUCCCUCAUCUUGCUUUACAGUUACCAAAUAUGCUGCUGAAGUUCACUUUCUACAUCCUGAUUUUCCUGUGGAUUUAUAGUAUGUCUUACAUACAGUACAUGCAGAACAGUGCUGGAAAAACAGCCAAUGGGCUCUCUAUACGGUCCUCCCUUCCUGUUGAUUGUGAUAUCUUGGUACAUUGACGCAGUCUGGACACGGGGAAGACCGGCCCGUUUCUCACGUCAUGCUGCUGAUCCCGUUUCAUAGUGUUAUCUGCUCCUGUGUAAAGUUCACCACUGUUCUAGCAGGGUUUGCGGAUUGACAUUUGGACGUAAAGGGAAAUUAAUGCAAAAUAUAUUUGUAAUUUGCAUCAAUUCUUGAACAAAAUGAAAGUCUCGAGGAGAUUUAUCAAAUCUCGGAGAGCGAUAAAGUAGAGAAAGGGGGGUGUGUGUGGAAUUGUUGGAUAUUUUUUUUAUCAAAUAGUCUAAAAGGAUUUUGUGGCAGGAUUUCCCUGCAGUACAGUGAAGUUUCUCUCCUGUAAAACGUGAACUGGAUGUACUGUACGGUAUAAUACUUUGUGCAGGCUACAACAGUCCGUUCUCUGUGCUGACAGGUGACUGCCUCUCUCCCAUUUUCUCAAUUUACUACAAAUUUGGGAGCACUCCAAUUAAGUAUAUUUUUUUAGCUCACCAAAAAUGUAGACUGUAGGAGAAAAAAAGUAAUAGCGUGGGGAAAAUUAAAUGAAAACUCUGUAAUUCCCUUUUUUAUUUUUUUUUACCACAAAUAUUUUCAUAUUAGUAUUAAAUGAAAAAAAUGGGGUGCCUAAA